UUCUAAACGUGUGAAAGAAUUAAGUAGCACUAUGUAGAAAAGAGUGUGUGUCGCAGUCGCAAAGCCAUAAUUUUUAAAGCUCUUUUUAGCCAGGAAUGGGUGCUGCAUUAGUGCGUGAUCAAUAAUUUGAUCAAACUCCCAUGAUUGGAGUAUCUGGGUUAGGCAGUCAAAGCCAACUCUGGGGGAUGUGGCAAGUUAGGAGGGGGAGGAAGGCAAUGCUGCCAUCUAAUCUGGAUUAAAGUGGAUCUAGUACCUCAGAGUUCAUGUUUUGACUUUUAAGUUCAUUAGCUUCAGACCGUGGCCUCUAAGUCAGAAUGCUGUACCUGCUCCCCCACCCCCGUGUCGCUGUGUCAAACUGAAACACCAGAUUUGGUGUUCUACGGAGCAGAGCUUUCUAAAAUCUGCACAAGCAAACUUUAGCUUUCACCUGCCACCACUUCCUUUAGCAGCCCUAUCACGAAAUACCGGAAAGGAAACACACGGUUGUAGUUUUAAAAUGUCGGUUCUCAUAUUUUCAUACUUAAAAAAAUGACCUGUUUGGUAAUGCCUGUCUGCAAAACCUAAUUUACAGUAUUUCCAAAACUAAGGCAGUAUGAUACGGCUGAAAUUAAAUUGCAUUUCUGGUAGGCAAAUCAGCACAUUAUGUCUUGGUAUCACACAAAAGACACGUGGGCUGCUGUUGGUGGGCAGGAGAUGCUUUGGUGUAAGAAGCAGAAAUACUCUUAUAGCCACAGGCAAAAAGAAAAAUCUGCAGCAGUUGGUGAAGCUUGCUUUAUGGUGCUACUGACAUUACAGGAGCAAAAACGGGCUUGUAUUGCUUAGAUCGUGAAUUAUUUUGCCUGCAGGCCUCACAACUAAAGAAGCUGAUUCUGGAGACAGGAUAGUUGGUUUGUCAGGUUGCCUGAGAUUUCUAAAUUAUUUUUUUGUUUGUCUUCCUGUGCACUCCCCUGUGUUUCUUUGUGUCCCUGGAAAUGUUGGCUCUUCCUGCACAUGCUGGGAUUUCAUUACAUCCAUCAAUGCCAAACAGCUCAACAGAAGAACCUAGAAGGAUAUGUUGGCUUUGCAAGCCUCCCGAAUCAAGUCUAUAGGAAGUCGGUGAAGAGGGGCUUUGAGUUCACCCUGAUGGUCGUGGGUGAAUCUGGACUGGGCAAGUCCACAUUGAUCAACUCUCUGUUCCUAACAGACCUGUAUUCAGCAGAGUAUCCUGGACCAUCAAACAGAAUCAAAAAGACUGUGCAGGUGGAGCAGUCGAAAGUUUUAAUAAAGGAAGGCGGUGUCCAGCUGCUGCUUACAAUAGUUGACACCCCAGGGUUUGGAGAUGCUGUCGAUAAUAGUAAUUGCUGGCAGCCAGUCAUCGACCACAUUGACAGCAAAUUCGAGGAUUACCUCAACUCAGAAUCUCGAGUGAAUAGAAGGCAGAUGCCCGACAGCCGAAUCCACUGCUGCCUUUACUUCAUUGCCCCUUCAGGACAUGGACUGAAGCCCCUCGACAUCGAGUUUAUGAAACGGUUGCAUGAGAAAGUGAAUGUGAUACCCCUCAUCGCUAAAGCAGACACUCUCACCCCUGAGGAAUGCCAGCAGUUUAAGAAGCAGAUCAUGAGGGAAAUCCAGGAACAUAAAAUAAAGAUUUAUGAGUUUCCUGAGACGGAUGACGAGGAGGAAAACAGAUUGGUCAAAAAAAUAAAAGACAAGUUGCCACUAGCUGUGGUAGGCAGCAACACCAUCAUCGAAGUGAACGGCAAGAGAGUUAGAGGGAGACAGUACCCCUGGGGGGUUGCAGAAGUUGAAAACAGUGACCACUGCGACUUCACCAUCCUCAGGGAUAUGCUCAUCAGAACUCACAUGCAGGACCUGAAAGACGUGACAAACAAUGUCCAUUAUGAAAACUAUCGCAGCAGGAAGCUGGCCGCUGUCACCUACAAUGGAGUGGACAACAACAAGGCUAAAGGACAGCUAUCCACCAAACUUGAAACAGUUGAUGGAAUGAGUCCUCUGGCCCAGAUGGAGGAAGAGAGACGAGAGCAUGUGGCUAAGAUGAAGAAGAUGGAGAUGGAGAUGGAGCAGGUUUUCGAGAUGAAAGUCAAGGAAAAAGUGCAGAAGCUCAAAGACUCUGAAGCAGAGCUUCAACGGCGUCAUGAACAAAUGAAAAAAAACCUGGAUGCUCAGCACAAGGAGUUGGAAGACAAGAGACGCGUGUUCGAGGAAGAAAGGGCAAACUGGGAGACCCACCAGCGCCUGCAACAGCAGCAGAUGGAGGCCACCAGGACCCUGGAGAAAAACAAAAAGAAAGGCAAGAUCUUUUAAGGACAGUCGGCAGGACCACCGCCACUCGAGAAAUUUAUGUUUGCCAAUGUUGCCAGUCAGGACACCAGUGUGUGGCUCUGAUGUUACCCCACCUCCUCCCAAUCUUCCUCUAUCCUCCCCUCUUCUCCCCGCUCUCCUCCCCCUCUUCUUCUGUCCCUGCUCUGUCUGCCAGCACAGCUGUGCUCCUGCUCCCAGCUGCUAGAGGGCGCACUGGGGGCAUUUGUGGGUGUGUGAGGGGGCCUGGGGGGGGUCUGCAUGUAAGGCCAGAACAGCCUCUGCAGAGCCCCCUGGCUGCCUAAGAACAGCCAUUAUCUUCUUCAUCAUCCUCAAGGAAUGUUUACUUUCCAUAUUAUUUUAAUUAUUAUUAUUAUUAUUGUUGAUGUUAUUAUUGUUAUACUAAAUACUGUUCUCCACCCCCAAAUCGGCUGCUUUCUUUCUUCCCAAGGUUGCUUUUAAAUGACUGGUGUGUGUAGAUUUAUCAUUUACCGGGGCCGCGCCAAUGUUUAUCUUUUGCUUUAAUUUUGUGCUGAAUAAAUCGUUAGAGAAUGAUAAUGAAAUGCUGAAUAUGGAAUAUAUACCAAUAAUCUUUAUAAAUGGCGGCCAAAUUUCCCCAACCUUUAAACAUCUGUGUUGGCCCGCAGUUUCACAAUCGGUUCAUCCCUACAAAUACCCACAAGUACAAUCAGUUUCUGUUGAAAUGCUUGUUUACAGGAAAAGUUAAAGUAUAUGAACAUUUAACCUGACCUUCAAAUGUGUAUCAAAGUAAGAAAAGGACAAGGCAUUAACGAAUCCUUUGUUUUGUUUUGGUUUUGGGUGUACCUGUUAAACCUGUAACCCUCGUCCCAUCAGCGCAGCAGGCUAGAACGAAACACUGUCGGUAGAAAACACGAGAAAAUGCACCUUGGGCCUUUUUAUAGAUAACAAAAAAUGGCUAAAGCUUCUUUUUUUUUUUUUCCUGAAAUAUAACGCUUUCUUUUUCUUGUGUGUUUAGCUAUGUUCACUAGCCUCGGACCACCAUUUAUAUUGUCAUAAGUGUUACAUUUCACUUUAGUUUAUUUUUAUAUAUACCGAGCCAGCUGAAGUAAUAACUUCUUUUGUAUGUUUAGAAAAAUCCUCAGAGACUUGACAGCUGCGUGUCCACUGUUAAAGAAAAACACUUCCAAAUAUUAACAGUGAUUCUGGACACAUUGAAAAAAAUAAAAUAAAAACAGCCCACAUGUUAUUUCAGUUACUCUGCGGAAACCAUCAGUGGGAAAUGAAGAGUCAACACCACAUUUUGCUUUGGCUAUGUACUCCAUCUCUGUAUUUUUAAUUUUAUUUUUCAUUUGUAAUGUACAAAGUCACUUAAUAAACCUGUGAUAUUGAA